GAUUAAUCGAUUUGAGUGAAAUAUAUAGAAAGAAUGAACACUGGUUCGGGCGGUGGUCGAAGAAUGGCAACAAAUAUCAAUGGUGUACGACAAAAUAAUAAUUCCAAAAAAUUUAUUAGCUCAUUUCGUCGUUUGAAACAAGAUUAUAUGAUGAUUAUGAAAGAUCCAGUACCGUACGUUACGGUAGCACCAUUACAAAAUGAUAUUCUUGAAUGGCAUUAUGUGAUUCAUGGACCAGAAAAUACUGUUUAUCAAGGUGGCAUUUAUCAUGGCAAACUUAAAUUUCCAAUUGAAUAUCCUUUUCGACCACCAUCCAUUUAUAUGAUAACACCGAGUGGCCGUUUUAAGACCAACACUCGAUUAUGUUUAAGUUUUUCGGAUUUUCAUCCGGAUACCUGGAAUCCAACAUGGAGUCUAUCCACAAUACUUACCGGUUUAUUAAGUUUUAUGUUAGAAGAACAUAAUGCUGUUGGUUCGUUACAAGCAUCGGACAGUGUACGACGAUCUUAUGCAAGGAAAAGUUUACAAUUUAAUCGUAAUGAUGCAACUUUUGUUGAAUUGUUUCCCGAUAUUGCUUAUGAAAUUACAUGCAAAUUGGAACGUGCAAAAGAAUUAGAAGCAGCCAACCAAAAACAAACAAACAAAAAUAGUCAAGAAUCAAACAAUUUGGCAAAUAAAAAUGGUUCAACAACGAAUGAUCAAUCAGAAUAUGAUCGUUUUAAUCGUUUUGUAUGGUCAUGUAUUUAUAAUUUGAUUGCAUUAUUUAUAGUGAUUUUAUUCGCCUACAUUGUACAAUGGGUUCUAUCUGAAUAUAAUCAUUGAUUUUUGUUAAAUAUC